AGGAAGGUCUCGCCUCUGUCCAACAUGAAUCUCUCAACUUGGCGUCGCAUCUCUCUUUUCUUUCGAAAACGGAAUUGCACUCGUGGCUUGAGUACUUCUCACAUGGUACAAUCAUCGACGUCCCUCUGGAGAGCACUUGAGGAUGGGUCAGAGGAACCCAUCGAUGUGGCCGAUCUAUUCAGGUAUCAACGAUAUAGGUGGCUGAGCGGAGAAUCUGAGAAGCUUGCAACGCGCUAUCGCAAAUUCAAUGUGCAGGGCCUCCUUGACGCUUCUGUCAAAGCUGUGGGCAUUGAUGGAAUAAGCUGUGUCAAGCUGUUGAAAUGUGUCGAAGGGCAAUUUAAUAAGGCGUUUCUCCUGACCAUGAGUAAUGGCUUUGAAAUCAUCGCUCGAUUACCCAAUCCCAAUGCGGGUCCUGCUUUUUACACAACUGCUUCAGAAGUUGCGACGCGCCAUUUUUUACGUGACAACAUAGGCCUUCCUAUCCCUCGAAUUUACGACUGGUCGGCUGAGGCAUGCAAUCCAGUAGGAGCUGAGUAUAUCCUCGAAGAAAAAGCUCCUGGUCAGCCUUUAGGGAGAAUAUGGGGCAACCUCUCAUCGGAAACGCAAUCGGAUUUAGUGCACCAGAUUGUGGACAUCGAAAAGAAACUUGCGUCUAUCUCAUUUCCGAAACACGGCUGCAUAUACUACGAGACAGAUCUGAGAUCGUCUUCUAUUCAAUAUGAGCGACUUGACUCCAGGUUUUUGUCCUCCCAAACCGAACAGCCGGUGGCCUUCGUCAUCGGACCUUCAGCCAGUCCAAAUUACUGGGACCGAGAGAAGGUUGAAAUGAACCUUAACAGAGGCCCAUGGAGCAACGUUGCUGAUUACGCCUUGGCCAUUGGAAUGAAUGAAUUCGAAUGGGCUAUCGCAAACGCGAAGCCAAGAAUGAAUUUUCACCGAUCUAUGGAGUCUCCCGAGACACCAAGUGAUUACAUCGCCCUCCUUAAAGAUUACAUGGCACUUUCUCCAUAUCUGGCGGCCUGCACCACGGCCGAGCUGCCCAACAGAAUUACACAUCCUGAUUUACACCUUGAUAACGUGUUCAUCGAUCCAUGCACCAACCGCAUCACUAGCAUAAUCGACUGGCAGCAGGCUUGUGUCUGCCCAAUAUCGCUACAACGGUCUCAUCCGCAAAUGCUUGAAUUAUCAGCCUCGUCGCAAUCUGGCCAGGGCAAGCAUGAGAGGAAUCUUUUGGACCAUUAUUAUCAUGCCGUCAAGGAAAGCGAUCCUGUCCGGUGGGAAGUCCUCGCCGACCCAUUGCUUCAAGUCAAGACAAAUCCCAUAUUCAUGGUGCCUGGAUGCUGGGAACGAGAAGAUCUAUUCUCUUUACGCAAUGCGUUAAUCACUGCCGUCGCACGCUGGGAUGAUAUGGGGCACAGUGAAACACCAUGUCCAGUUAAUUUUGGAGACGAAGAGCUUUUAAAACACCAAGAUGAGAUGGAUUUGCUAGAGGGAAUCUCUGCAAUUCUUCAUCAGCUGCAAGAGGAUGGGCUCAUUCCACUGGGCGGCAUGGUUCGUCCAGAAUAUUAUGAACGUGCCAUGGGGUUCAAUAAUUGCUUUAGACAGGAGUUCAUUGAUUUAGCUGAGAACGAACAGCAACGGGAAUUACAUGCGAAGGUCUGGCCUUAUCAAUAAAAAUAUGCUUUUUAUGUAUUAUCUGAAAUUGAAAUGAUCUCCUUGACAGAGCAAUUACCACAACGAACAAGCAAAAAAGUAAGGGAGAGGGACACGAUGAGUAUGCAGUGCCCAGGCCUUCUCCUCAUUUAGUU